CGCCAGUCCCCGCUUCCCCGCUCCGGAGCCGCCGCCUGGGCCGGGGCAGGGCGGGCCCGGGGCUCCUCCAUGCUGCCAGCCACGGGGCUGCGGAGCCGGCCGGGUGGCUCCUGCGAUGGCGGCGGAAGAGGAGGCUGCGGCGGGAGGUAAAGUGUUGAGAGAGGAGAACCAGUGCAUUGCUCCUGUGGUUUCUAGCUGCAUGAGUCCAGGAACAAGACCAACAGUUAUGGGAUCCUUCAGCUCACACGUGACAGAGUUUCCACGAAAACGCAAAGGAAGUGAUUCAGACCCAUCCCAGUCAGGAAUCAUGACAGAAAAAGUGGUGGAAAAGCUUUCUCAGAAUCCCCUUACCUAUCUUCUUUCAACAAGGAUAGAAAUAACAGCCUCCAGUGGCAGCAGAAUGGAAGAUGGUGAACACCAAGUUAAAAUGAAGGCUUUCAGAGAAGCUCAUAGCCAAACUGAAAAGCGGAGGAGAGAUAAAAUGAAUAACCUGAUUGAAGAACUGUCUGCAAUGAUCCCUCAGUGCAACCCCAUGGCGCGUAAACUGGACAAACUUACAGUUUUAAGAAUGGCUGUUCAACACUUGAGAUCUUUGAAAGGCAUGACAAAUUCUUGUGUGGGAAAUAAUUAUAGACCGUCAUUUAUUCAAGAUAAUGAGCUCAGACAUUUAAUCCUUAAGGCUGCAGAAGGCUUCCUAUUUGUGGUUGGAUGUGAAAGAGGAAAAAUUCUCUUCGUUUCUAAGUCAGUCUCCAAAAUACUUAAUUACGAUCAGGCUAGUUUGACUGGACAAAGCUUAUUUGACUUCUUACAUCCAAAAGAUGUUGCCAAAGUAAAGGAACAACUUUCCUCUUUUGAUAUUUCACCAGGAGAAAAGCUAAUAGAUGCCAAAACUGGUUUGCAACUUCACAGUAAUUUCCACACUGGAAGGACACGUGUGUAUUCUGGCUCAAGACGGUCUUUUUUCUGUCGGAUAAAGAGUUGUAAAAUCUCUGUCAAAGAAGAGCAUGAAUGCUUACACAGCUCAAAGAAAAAAGAGCAUAGGAAAUUCUAUACUGUCCACUGCACUGGUUACUUGAGAAGCUGGCCUCCAAAUAUUGUUGGAAUGGAAGAAGAAAGGAACAGUAAGAAAGACAACAGUAAUUUUACCUGCCUUGUAGCCAUUGGAAGAUUACAGCCAUAUAUUGUUCCACAGAAUAGUGGAGAGAUUAAAGUGAAACCAACUGAAUUUAUAACCCGGUUUGCAAUGAAUGGAAAAUUUGUCUAUGUAGAUCAAAGGGCAACAGCAAUUUUAGGAUAUCUGCCUCAGGAACUUUUGGGAACUUCUUGUUAUGAAUAUUUUCAUCAAGAUGACCAUAAUAAUUUGACUGACAAGCACAAAGCAGUUCUACAGAGUAAGGAGAAAAUACUUACAGAUUCCUACAAAUUCAGAGCAAAAGAUGGCUCUUUUGUAACUUUAAAAAGCCAAUGGUUUAGUUUCACAAAUCCUUGGACAAAAGAACUGGAAUAUAUCGUAUCUGUCAACACUUUAGUUUUGGGGCAUAGCGAGCCUGGAGAAGCAUCAUUUUUUCCUUGUAGCUCUCAAUCAUCAGAAGAAUCCUCUAAACAAUCUUGUAUGAGUGUACCUGGAAUGUCUACUGGAACAGUACUUGGUGCUGGUAGUAUUGGAACAGAUAUUGCAAAUGAAAGUCUGGAUUUACAGAGGUUACGGUCUUCUUCAUCCCUUGAUGAUUCAAGUCCAACAGAUUUAAUGAAAGCUACUCAUACCAUAAACUGCAGGAAUAUGUCAAAUAAGGAGUUGUUUCCACCAAGUCCUUCUGAAAUGGGAGAGCUAGAGGCUACCAGGCAAAACCAGAGUACUGUUGCUAUCCACAGCCAUGAGCCACUUCUCAGUGAUGGUGCACAGUUGGAUUUUGAUGCCCUAUGUGACAAUGAUGACACAGCCAUGGCUGCAUUUAUGAAUUACUUAGAAGCAGAAGGGGGCCUGGGAGACCCUGGGGACUUCAGUGACAUCCAGUGGACCCUCUAGCAUUUGAUUUUUGAUUCCAAAAAUGAGAAACAUUUUAAAGCAUUUCAUUUAUGACAAACUGUCUGAACUAUUCCUCAGUACUGUAUUGAUAUUAUUUGUAUCUUUUAUUAACAAUCUACCAAUUUUUAUAGAUUUGCAUCUUAUUGUCACAGGGAUGUGGGGAAAAAUGUUUUCCUCCCAAGAGAACCAGAGUUUAUUAUAGACUCCUUUAUUCAGUGAAAUGGCUUAUAAUCCACUAGUUGCCAUAUUUUUGCUAAAACAUUUCUAACCAAGAAUACUACUUACAUACUGUUUUGGCUUUGUUUUAUUUUUGAUGCAGUUUUUUUGAGUCAAGGUAAUGUAAUAUAUUGAUUUUUUCCUUUG